AUGCGUACCCCUCACAUCAACUUCCCCUCGUCAUUUCUGCGCCCGCACCUGAAGUUCUCUCUAUCCCAACAAUUGCCAUUCCAAGCAUCGAAAAGGUGUCCAAACUCAAGCGCCGGUAAUAUGCAAGGCUCAACGCUCCUCGCCUUAUCUAGGGAACUACGAGGCGAAAUCUACAAGCACGGCUUCAGAAACGGCCGCUACCAGCUCCAUAUCGAAGACGGAAUAUUGUGCGGUAGCACUUACGGGCAUCCCACCUGUCUCUGCUAUUCGUAUGCCGACAAACCCACGCAGAAACAUAAACCUUAUCUUAAAAAAUCUGCUAUCCGAUCAAUAAUGCUGCGCAAGUUCGCGAGCACGCGGAUGCUCUAUGACACCGCAUAG